UUAUCACGAGAAUUCGAGUUGCUCUGUGUUCGACGCUAGCUUCGAUCGUGUUCCGCGCGGGCGGCAAUGGAGGGCUCAGCGAGGGUUGGUAGUAGGAUGGGGGCGAUGGAGGCGCUGCCGCUGCCUCCGCCGCCGCGCCUCGCGGCGGUGUCGUCGCCGUCGCCGGCGGCGUCCAUCAGGGCGCACCUCGCGAGAGCCGCCGGCGCAGGCGGGGGCGUCGAGAGCUGCCAGUCGCCGCGCUCGCUGCUGUCGCGCAUCCUGCAGCGAGGCGGCGACGGCGGCGGCGGCGGCGGCGGGAAGUUCGGGUGCCGGGUGCGGCUGCCGCGGCGGUACAGCUCCACCUCCGCCGCCGGCGCCGGCGCCGAGGCGAAGGACACCGCCUCCGAGCAGGACGCCCCGGCCAGGGUCAAGGUCGUCGGGAGGGCGCCGGAUCUGUCGCUCGACACGCCGCGGAGUUCUUGCACGCUCGACGAGGGGAGAAAUGGGAAGAAGAAGCAGGAGGAGGAGAUCAUGUCGAUGAACCUUGGGCUGGGCGCGAGCUUGGUGUUGCUCUUGUCCAAGGGCGCCGUGGAGCUGAACAAGAUGGUGGAGCUCCGCGCGCAGAUGGAGGCGCUCGUGUCGGAGAUCAGGAAGGAGACGCAGAGCAAGCACAAGGACUCCGCCGCCGCCGCCACCGCCGCCGCCCGUUCGAGCUCGCAAGAAUCCGAUGGUCGCAGCACCACCGCCGUGAAGGAUCCCAUCGCCCGCGCCGCCGUCUCCGACGACGCGAUGUCCAACUGCUCCGGCGGCGGCGGCGGCAGCGGAGGACGCGCCGCCGUGGUGAUGCACCGGAUGGAGGCGGAGCUCCAGGUGGAGCUGAGCCGCUUGCAGUGCGGCAGCGUCGCCGCCGCGCACGGCGAGAAGCGUGGCGCUCCUCCCACCAUGCACGGACUCGAGCUGCCGCUGCUGCAGGUGAAGACGACGACGAAGAGCAACGUGUCGGACAGCCCGCCGAGGAGCUGCGUCGUCGACGACGACGACGACGUGGCAGAAGGUGGCAAUGGCGGAGAGGUGGUCGAGGAAGACGACGACGACGACGAGGAGGACGAAGAGUAUGACGAGGAGGGGGAGGAGGAAGAAGAGGAGGAGUACGGCGGCGGCGGCGGCGGGGACAAGAGCCCGCCGCACGGCGGCGUGUCGGCGCGGGCGCUGGAGCGGCGGCUGUACGAGCUGCUGCAGAAGCGGCAGCAGGAGCGGAUCGUGGAGCUGGAGGCCGCCCUGGACGCCACCCAGCGCCGCCUCCACGAGAAGGAGCGCGAGGUCGUGUGGUGGCGCGACGCCGCCAAGCUCGUCACCCACCGCCGCGACGAGUCCCGCCGCUUCGCCAGAUCGUAGGUAGCACCAACACCUCGCCGCAGGAGCACGGUUGGUCACGCCGCGCAGCUCCACGCGCGCGCGCUCUAGCACGUCCCGUGUCGCGCCGCGGCGCGACUGUUUGGCGGCUUGGCGCGACGCGCUGGCGCGCUGGCGCGCGCGCGCGCGCGGGGGCGCAGAAAUGGCGGGAAGGAUGUGCAGGAGUGACGCGUGGGGGUGGGGGUGUGAGUGAUUGUGCGUGCGGUGUAGUAAAUGUGCAAUGAUCCUGCUGUCUCUGCGGCGUUUUUCAGAAAUUUUUUUUCCAGGGAAUCCAAUCCAAUCCAAUCCAAUCGAGACGCAUUCAUGUGUCCACUGUAAACUUGUCUCUGCAAAUUCUGUUGGAUUCUGUUCUUUGCAUU